UUACCGGAAGCAACUGCAUAAAGACAGAGACUGGGUAGAAAGCACGUGUCGCGUACCUUUAGGCUGCUUUGUGUGUCCUGUAUUAUUAUUAUUUUUUUUUUAAUAUUGUGUUUUCGGUAAUGCCUCCUAAAAAGCCAGCAGCAGACUCUGCUGAUCCGCCAGUGCCGUCCUCCAGCGAUGCCCCGGUGGAAGAGAAAGCUGAGUCAAAAUCAGAUGCUGCGACGCUGCGCAAACUUGCCGCUCAUCCGUCCACAGCCAUUAUGGUGAGAGAGGCGCUUAAAGAGUUGGACUCACGCAAAGGGGUUUCAUCCCAAGCGAUCCAGAAUUAUAUUAAACAAAAAUACCCCUCAGUGGAUUUGGUGAGGUUGAAGCAUUUGGUCCGUAGAGCCCUGAAAAAAGGAAUCGAGAAUGGCACGCUGGUGCGGCCUGCCAACUCCAAUGUCACUACAGGCGCGAUGGGAAAAUUUAGGCUUGCACCAAAAGUCAAGGAGACAAAGCCAAAAACUGAGAACACGGAUCCUAAUGUGCAAAAAGCUCCAAAACCAGCAAAGGAUGGAGCCAAGAAGCCUCCAAAAGCAGGUGCCACAAAGAAGAAAGAUGGUGCCAAUGAGCAAGCAAAGUCUGAAGAGGACUUAAAGCCUCCCAAAAAGUCAAAGAAAGGUGAAGAGGCUACCUCAAAGGCUGCUCCAGCAAAGAAGCCAAAAGCUAAAAAAGCGGUAGGGAACGAGGAUGGCAAGGGAGCCUCUGAUUCAACCAAAACCAAGCCAGCAAAGACCAACAAGGAGGCAAAAGCAGGGAAGGCAUCCCAGAGUAAAGCUGCUAAAGCAGGCAGUGAUGCUGCUGCUUCAAAAGCAACUGGGAAACGAGGGAAGAAAACAGCAGAGUAAACAAAUAAUUAACUGUUUUUAUACUGUUUUUUCUUGCAAUAAAAUCUUAAUUUUUGGAGCUUCUGUGUGCUUUUAAAACUUUUUGACAUAAAGCUAUGUCUUCUGUGUCAGGGAUGUACAAUUUUAGCACUUCAAAUAGAAGUGUGGCUUAGUAGACUUCAACUACAGCAGCACAAACUUCUACAGUUGGUUAGUAAGGUAACCUGCCAUAUACUGAAAUUCACCAUCAAGUCAUAAUUGUGUAUUACGUAAAUACACAAGCACCUAAGGCUGUUUAGCUUU